AUGACUUCGUCUGUGUUCUUCAAGUUCAAGUCUCAGAAGGAGCCAUCGCGCGUGGAAUUUGAUGGUACUGGUAUCUCGGUGUUUGAGUUAAAGCGUGAUAUUAUCGUAAAGAGUGGCCUGGGUGAUGGCACCGACUUCGACCUAGCUAUCUACUCCGAAGACGGAAGUGAAGAGUAUGACGAUGAUACCACUAUCAUUCCCCGAUCUACCACAGUGGUCGCACGUCGACUGCCUCCUCAGAAGCCUGGAGCUGGCCGCGCUGCUCGGUAUGUCUCCGGAAAGAUGCCAGCGAGCGCCAAGAAUUCUUCUCGGCGAGAGAACGCAACGAAGGCUACGAAGCCCACAUCCGCCGCUCUUACGCAGAUGAGUGCGGCAAUGACUGAAGAGGAGAAGAUGAUGGCUAUGUUUCAAGCACAGUCUGAUCAGUGGACUGCCCAGCAGGAAGAGAUGUCUCAUCAAACUGCGGUUUACAAGCCAGGCGCGAAGAAGCCUGCCAAUGUCCCUGACCAUGAUCCCCCCAAUGGAUACAUCUGCUAUCGAUGUGGACAGAAAGGACACUGGAUCCAAGUCUGCCCUACUAAUGACAACCCGGAAUUUGACAACCGCCCUCGUGUCAAGCGUACGACGGGUAUCCCUCGUUCGUUCUUGAAGACCGUAGACAAGUCAGCACUCCAACAGACCGGUUCGGACGGUGAGGAAGUUAAGCCCCCGGCUGGCGUCAUGGUUAAUGCAGAUGGCGAAUUCGUGAUCGCGGAGCCUGACAAGGCUUCAUGGGAGCAGUAUCAGGCUAAGACAAAAUCAUCAGCUGCCGCCCAGAAAGCAGCAUCUGCCGAGGAUAGGGAGCUUGAAGAGAAAGGCCUUUUGUGCGCCAUCGACAAAAGGAUGUUCAUAGACCCAAUGAAGACUCCAUGUUGUGAGAAGACGUAUUGCAAUGAAUGCAUCACCAACGCUCUCAUUGAGAGCGACUUCAUAUGCCCAGGCUGUCAGACGGAAGGGGUACUUAUUGAUGACCUCAAAACAGAUGAUGAGACUACUGCCAAAAUUCAAGACUACCUUAAAGAAAAGGAGUCGCUUAAGACAAAGGAGCGAUCAAAGAGCCCGCCUGCUGUGAAAUCCCCCUCUGAAGCGCCUUCUACUAAGGAGACACCACAAGCAGACUCGCCAAAGGGCCAAUCGACAGCCCCCGAGAAAGCCAAAUCGCCAACCCCAUCCACAGCAACUAAAUCCCCUCCGGCAGAGGCUGCCAAACAGUCGACCACCAACCCAGUGCCGUCAUCUAGUUCCAAUGAGACCCCUAAGCCUCAGGAGACAACUUCAGCCUCUAAGAAACGACCAGCGGAGGACCUGCUAGAGAACCCUAAGAUUCCUAAGGGCCCAAAGGCUAUGCAGCGAGCGCAAGAGGCCAAGGACAUGCAGAAUAUGAUGCAACAGGGCAUGAAUGGUAUGCCAGGCAUGAUGCCUAACAUGAUGCAGUUCCCUAUGAACGGCUUCGGUCAGCCCAAUAUGAAUAUGGCCAUGAUGAUGGGAAUGAAUCCCAUGAUGAACCCCAUGAUGGGUAUGAACGGAAUGUUCAACCCGGCUUUCCAGGGCAUGAACGGCAACGGCAUGUUUGGGGGAAACUUUGGAGGUAUGAACGGCGGCGGGAUGAAUAACAUGAACGGCAUGGGCAUGAACGGUGGUAGUGGUGGCGGUGGUGGUGGUGGGUUCAACAACCAGAAUCAGCAGCCACACAGACCAAACUUUACGACGCCUAACAAUGACAAUGAUGCUUACUUCCGUAAGCCUGUCAAUCCUGGACGACACCAGAACAAGCAGCGUAGAGUCCGACCAAGUGACUAUAGGGAACUAUGA